CCAUUAAACAGUGUUGCUUAAAUAAUCCACGACAGUUGAAGUGUUUUAAUGAAAGUUAGUUAUUAUGAAACAUGAUCUAACAAUAACACAAAUUUUUGAACGCGUUUUCCCAAUUACACGUGUCGUAUGGAUGUUUGAAUAGAGUAUCGAAAAUAUUAUAUAACAUCUAUAAUAUAGUGUACUAAAUGUGAAUUGUGUGGUUAUUUGGAUCCAAAAUAAAAGUCAAAAUGUCUAAAACGAAGACCAUAACAAAACUGGUACCACCCGAUGGAGGCUGGGGAUGGAUUGUAUUAUUUGGCAGUGCUGUUACUAAUGUUUUCAACCAGGCAAUGUUCUCACAAUUCAGUUUAUUAUAUGGCGACAAAUUAAAAGAAAUGGGUCAUCGAACAACAGGAGCAGCAAUGGUUAUGAGUGUAAUGCUUUGCGUAAUAAACUUCGGUGGACCAUUUGUGGGGGUUUUGGUGAAACUGAAAUCACCAAGAUUCGUUUGUGUCACCGGAUCACUUAUAUGUGCAACUGGGAUAUUUUUGAGUUCAUUUUCGACAAACAUAGUCCACCUGAGUUUGAGUUAUGGAGUUGUUUUUGGCGUAGGAUUAGGAUUCAUACAAAAUGCAUCGUUCGUAGCCAUUAACAGCUACUUCAAAUUGAAAAAGAGUAUUGCAGUGGGCAUUGCAAUGACAGGCACUGGGAUUGGACAAGCUUUAAUGCCACACGUAGUGGAAUAUUCUUUGGAUAAAUUUGGCUUCAGAGGCGCAUGUUGGUUUCUUUCUGCACUGUGUUUACAUGGAGUUUGUGGAACAAUGUUAAUGCAACCAGUUGAAUGGCAUAUGAAAAAAAUAAAAGAGAUGGUUGUUAUUGAAGAAGAAAGAAUCGAAAUUAAUAAAUCUCAAAAAGAUAUAAAGGACGAUAAACCAGCAAUAAUGUUUACUAAAGAUAGAAAUAAUGAAUGUAAAUCGCAAUUACUUGAAAAAAUAUCUGUAAAUGGUAUUUCUGAUGAUUUCAAAAAAGGAUCCUUAAAUGAAUCUACGAAACUAAAGAAAACUGCAUUGGAAAGAAUUUACGAAUUAUUUGACAUAUCCCUAUUAUCAAGUCCUCGUUUCAUUAAUGUUAUUAUAGGAAUAGGCUUAACGUACAUUUCGAUUCAGAAUUUCAGCAUGUUGUUCCCAUUUUUCUUACUGAAUAUAGGUAUGAGCAGAAAUGAAACGGCUACAUGUAUGUCCGCUGUGGCAUUAGCUGACAUUUUUGGAAGGCUUAUUGUACCACAAGUCCAAGUUAGAUUAAAAUUGACAGCUCGAUUGACGCUGUUUUUAACGUCCAUUUGGAUAAUUAUAACCAGGCAGAUAUUAGCAUAUCAAACAGAUUUGACAUCCUUAUUAGUUUUGUCUGCACUAUACGGCAUCGGACGGAGCAUGGUCAUCGUAGCAAGGAAUUUGACUAUAACUGAGCAUUGCAGAGCCGACCAAGUGCCCUCUGCCGUCGGACUUGGUAUGCUAUGCUUGGGCAUUAUUUCUCCACCUAUAGGGUAUUUCCUAGGUUGGAUCAGAGAUUACACAGAAGACUAUAUAGCAUGUAUAUCUGCUCAAAAUGCCUUAUUAAUAUUAUUUUUGAUUAUAUGGCUACCGGAUAUGUUACUGCAAUAUUAUAAAAAGAAAAAGGAAAUCGCAGAAGAUGUUUAAAUAAUCAAGUUAAGAAAUCACAUUAGUUACAAUAAUCAAAGUUUCUAAGAAAUCUAUGCGUGAGACAGAUUAUUGGAGAGUAUUAUUUUUGUCGAACGUGGGAGAAAUAAGCUAGCAGGUCAGUUAUAAUAUAGUUAAAGUCAUGGACUGUUGCGACACCAGGGCCUUCGAGUGCAUGGGUGGGUUUCAAGAAUGAAGUACGUUUUGUUUUUAUAUAAAAGGUCCAAAGAUUUAUUAGUGAAAUACCCUAACAGCCGCGCCACUAUUUGUUUUUAAGCGGGUAAAAGUACUUAAAAACGCUUUGUAUCGUCGUCAAUAUAGAUAUGUGAAAUGAUGCGAUGCGAAGAUAAAAAAUAUAAUCGAGUAACGUUAUAUUAAUUCUAUUUUAUAAUAGUGAGAAUCUAUACGCAAUUGUUCAGCUUUUUAUGUGAGUGUAUAUAUUACGUCCUUAUACGCACUACUAUAAGUAGCAAGAAGUUUGUAAAAUUUAAAAUAAAAAGAUUAAUGAAACCUCA